CCUCUCAAAAUUCUUAUUACUUUUUUCUUUGACGUUCUCUGUAAAAAUGGCUGAGAGCCCUUGGAGAAUUGACACUCCACUUGUAUGGUGACAAGCCAACCUCUAAGGUUUAGAACUAGUUCCAGAGUAAAUGGGCAGCCUACAGCCCAAAGCCAUGGGCUAUAAAGUCCUGGAGUUAGUCUGGAGAACACACUGAUCUGCAGAGACAAGCAGCAAUGAAGGCAUUUCAUCUUGCCCUAUUUCUCCUGCUUCUAAUAGCAAAUGCAGCUAGGAAGUUUGAAUUAUGUGAAUUGUAUUAUAAACUGAGGGCCUUUGGAAUGGAUGGUUUUCGUGGCGUCAAAGUAAACAAACUGGUCUGCUUAUCUCAGUUCCCAGCUGAAGGUAACACUCGGCACUAUGCUGUUGAUCGUCAUAAUGUUCCUUACUAUGGAAUAUUCCAAUUGAGUGGCCGUGAAUGGUGUGAUAAUGGAAGGCAAACUACACGGAACAAAUGCAACACUAGCUGUGACCGUUUCCUUGAUGAUAGUAUCAGGGAUGAUGUCCAGUGUCUUAGGAAAGCUCUCAGAGAGUAUAAAUUAAAUCAUUGGAGCAACUACAGGAAAAAUUGCAACCUUAACACCCUCUUGAUAUAUAAUUUAAAGUGUGCUUUUUUCUUCGAAAAUGAUAAGUGGUACAAAAAUACAAUACAGGAAGAACCCAGGAAACCCUUAAAAGUACACAUCCAUUUUCCUAGGCCUUAGCAAGUGAUUGUUUAUGUACUUCAAAAUUAUUCCAGAAGAUAAUAAAUGUAGAUUAAUAGUUUCAUUCCAGUUUACCUUUCUGGCUUUAUCAAACUGGAUAAUUCAUUAUAUAAACGACUAGUUUCUUAUUGCAACCAAAGUUGCAGCCUAGAUAGCUACUGGUAUCAUACACUUCCAUUGCUAGAUUCCUCCUAUACAAAGUACCUAUCUCUAUAUUUGCAUUUUUUCUUUUCUCUUUAUGCGAAUACAGUAGAGUCUCACUUAUCCAACAUUCUGGAUUAUCCAACACAUUUUUGUAGUCAAUGUUUUCCAUAUAUCGUGAUAUUUUGGUGCUAAAUUCGUAAAUACAGUAAUUACAACAUAACAUUACUGCAUAUUGAACUACUUUUUAUGUCAAAUUUGUUGUAUAACAUGAUGUUUUGGUGCUUAAUUUGUAAAAUCAUAACCUAAUUUGAUGUUUAAUAGGCUUCUCCUUAAUCUCUCCUUAUUAUCCAACAUAUUCGCUUAUCCAACAUUCUGCCGGCCCGUUUAUGUUGGAUAAGUGAGACUCUACUGUAUACGCAUAAGUGCAGAGGAAUGAAUUAAAAUAAAUAAAGCAAAUAACCUUUCCUGCCCUCCAUGCAGCCAAGGUGAGACCCCUCUCCCUUCACCCUUCUUUCCAUCUAAGGACCUAUAUUGAAGCACCACAUGAACUCAAUCUCUCAUAUUUUUAUUACUUUGUUUUAUUGAACUAAGUGAAUUAGAAGGUAGACCAGCAUGAACUCUAAUAAUCUCAUGAGCAGCCGUUCCAGAUACUCCUUUCCAUAGGAAAAACAUAAUCCGUUGGACAAAGAAUCUUUCUGCUUGCCAGUGGGAGGCCAUUUGCCUGCCACCCUGAACUUCUCCUUUGGGGAUCUUGGCUAUCUGCUGGACAAAAGCUCAGGAAGAAACUCUGAUGGCACUCUCAUCUCCAAUAGACAUUUCUGGGAGAUCCACUGCUCAUUGUCCUUGCACCCUGGACCCGAUAAUCCCACCAUUUAUCUUUUCGGACUCCCAUUGUCUUCAGCACCCAGGGGGGACACAAGUCCCUGGAGGUCUCUCUGCCCCAGAGACUACCUCCUUUGGCUCAUUAGAAGCCCCAGGGCUUCCUCGCCCAGCUGGGAGGGGAUCCCCAGCCGUGUCAUCGCUGCAUCCACCAGUCAGGGUGCACAUUGGCUAAGGCCUCCUGAGCAAUCAGAAGCUUGGGAAAUGCUGGCCGGCUUUUUGGUACUGGCCAAUCGGUGAUGGGAGGGAAUGUCAAACUGUAGCAAUGUUAAUGCUUGAAAACUCUUAUGUAUAAAGAUGGCUGCUUUUCCCUUGUGUUUUAUACUUGUACCCUUUGCGCACCCGCUACUGUACAAGUGUCCCUUCUGUGCAAAUUGAAUAAAACUUCUGUCAUUGGCUGUCAACCUGGUGAGAUUCCUGAUUCAUGACUUGAAACAUUUGUGGUUAGCAAAGCUCGCCAGGCAUCCCUUGGUAUCUACAGGUCCUUGAAAAACCUCAAAUUUCUGGCAUCACACUUCUAGAAAAAUGAACUCAAACUUGCUUAUAUUGUUCUGUCUCAUUGACCACAGAGAAUUCUUUUUCAGCAAUAACAACAACAACAACUUUUGUUUUAAACUUUGUAUAUUGUAUUUUAUGACUAUUUUAUGACUGUUUUAACUGUUUUAAUCAUUUUAGUUUAUUAUAUAUCAGUGUAACGGCAUCAAUUGCCACUUGUAAGCCGCCCUGAGUCCCCUCGGGUGAGAAGGGCAGGGUAUAAAUAAUUGAAAUAAAUAAAUAAAAUAAACAACAGCUGUUGCAUGUGUUGGGAGUUAACUGAAGUCGACUGAAUUGUACUUGGUGGUUGAUUGAUUUACUGCUGUAUUAACUCUUGUUUUAUUGUCUUACUGUGUUUUAUUAUUUUUUGUAUAUUGUUCAAUGUAUUUAUGCUGUUGUUUUUGUAAAUUGUUCUACUUGGGCCUGGCUCCAUGUGAGCCGCCCCGAGUCCCCGUGGGGAGAUGGU